AGAAGAAGUGAGGCAAAACACGGAACAACGUUACACAAGGAAGUCAUUAAGAGAAACUUAAUUCACGUUAUUCAGGCCGUUCAGCAGAGCCUGAUGAAUAUGAACAUAUCUUAAAUAGUAAACAGCUGCAGCAAUGUUCAGCAAGUCGUACCAGCUGCUGCCUCAGAGGGACUUCAGCAGUCCGAGGACUCCUGGCUUGUUCGUGGACAGAGAUGGCUUCACACAGCCCGGACACCACAAAGGACUUUCCUUUGACAACAUGCCCAAUGUGUCUGACAACGACUUCACUGAUACCACUCAAGGAUGGCUGUCCUGGUUUUGCAACCUGAUUGUCAUCUUUCUCGUCUACAUUUGCACUUUUGUAACAUUUCCUAUAUCAGGAUGGUUCGUACUGAAGACAGUGCCUAACUACCAGAGGAUAGUCGUGUUUCGUCUGGGUCGAGUGUGCCCUCCAAAGGGCCCUGGUAUUGUACUUGUGCUCCCCCUCAUUGACCAGUGGCAGAGAGUAGACCUGCGCACCCGUGCUUUCAACAUCCCUCCUUGCCAGGUGACUACUCGGGAUGACGGUUUGUUGUUGGUGGGAGCAGACAUCCAGUUUAGGAUCUGGAACCCAGUCAUGUCCGUAAUAUCAGUCCAGGACCUGAACGCCUCAACCAGGAUGACGGCACAGAAUGCUUUGACCCACAGCCUGGCCAAGAAGACUGUCAGGGAGAUCCAAACUGAGAGAGUUAAACUGGGAGAAUAUCUUGUGAUGGAUAUAAAUGAGUUGACUCGCCACUGGGGGCUGGAGGUGGACAGGGUAGAGCUUACUCUGGGCUCUCUACUAAAAGCACCAGAUGAAGGCCCCUCUGGACCCCUCAUCAUGCCUCCCUCUGUGCCUGGACUAGAAGGCCUCACUGGUCCCAUUCAGCAGCUGGCUAUGCACUUUCUGGGCCACAGCAGCAGUUUACAGCAUCAACAAGAGGACAGCAUAACUUUUACAGAUGAGCUCAGCAGUGCCUCUCAGGCAGUUGUGGCCAAACCAGGUUCUGCUGAAGAGCUGCUCGGCGGGGUCAAGCUUCUGCUCUCUGAAUCUUUGGUCCGCCAGGUUGGGGCCUGCUUCCAGUUUGACAUAAUCUUGGAAGAUGGACAACAUCAAAGUUACUAUGUGGAUUUGAGCCAAGGUGCUGGUGAAGCUGGAGCCGGGUCCUUGUGCAGAGAGCCAGAUGUGACACUGAGUAUGAGUGAAAGUGACCUUCUGGCCAUGUUCCAGGGUGAGCUACGGCCAUUUGCUGCUUACACCUGUGGCAGACUUAAAAUCCAAGGAGACAUUAAGACUGCCAUGAAGCUGGAAGAACUCAUUAAGCUCCUUAAGAAAUAGCAAACACAGUAAGAUUUGUAUGGGUAUUUAUUGAAUCUUUAAUUUGACUGUAAAGUAAAUGUUUGUAAUGUAUGCACUGAUUACAUGUGUGAUAAAGUGAAGUGAAAUUCUGUUAUGGUCUUGUGUUAUACAAUAAAAGCAAAUUAUUGCAGAA